AUGGCUCCCCCAACACCAGACCACAAAUCAUAUCCCAAAACAACCCCUCCCUCGAUUCUCCUGGUCAUACUGGACAUACAUCCAUUAUCAUGGUCUCUACUAGCUUCUCCACCUCCCUUACCAUCUGUCCCCGAUCAACCGAUCAUAGACAAAGCUCAAGCUACACCCAUAUCUCUACCUGAUUUCGUCACUUUACUCAUGGUGUUCCUUAAUGCUCAUCUGGCGAGCAGGUGGGGUAAUGAGGUGGUAGUUUAUGGUGCCAGUGCGGGUAGAGCCAAAUUAUUGUAUCCUCCACCAUCAAAUGCAAUUGCUGGUCCAUCAAAGCCUCGUCCGAAUACAUAUCACCCCUUCCAAUUGCUAGAUACAAGGAUAGAAGAAGGUUUGAAGGAGAUGGCAGAAGAGGAACAGCGCAGGAUUGAGAAUGGUCAUAUCAAAUCAUUAAAUCAACCACCAGCGAUGGUGUCGGCUCUGACCAAGGCAUUAUGCUUUGUCAAUCGAAUCAUUCCCCAUACUUCAGCCUCAGCGGCCCUGGUAGACCCAACAGCUACUCAGGAUCCCUCAGCGGCUACCACUACAGGUCCCGAUAAACCUGAAACCCGCAUUCUAGUCAUAAAUGCUACGCCUGGUGAGAAUGUAUCGAAUUCUUCUUCAUCAGAUCUAAAUCAGACGAACGGGAAUGGGAAUGCAGAUGGACAAGUUGAUGGCACAGCACCAAAUGGGAAGAGUGGGAAUGGAGGUCAGAUGAGAGGUGGUUAUGUGGGGUUGAUGAAUUGCGUUUUCGCGGCUCAGAAAGCUAAAGUCCCUAUAGAUGUGUUAUCCCUUCCGCCGCCGAGUAUAGAUGCCUCGCCUCCCAUAUUCUUGCAGCAAGCUGCGCACCUCACAGAGGGAAUAUAUUGGCAAUGGAAUGGGCGAGGAGGGUUAUUGCAGUAUCUACAUGCUCGAUACCUCCCUCCACUAUCCCUCCGUCAUCAUCCCUUCGCAGUCCCACCUCAAGAUGCCGUCGGUUUCCGAGCGGUAUGUUUCUGUCAUCAUAAGACGCUAGAUGUAGGGUUCGUGUGUAGCGUCUGUCUGAGUAUCUUCUGCGAACCUAGACCAGUCUGUUUAAUGUGCAAGACUCGAUUCCCCAUCAAAUCCAUACCUACCCUUAAAUCGCUCGCAACUUACAUCGAACCGAUACCUGUACCUGAUACAGUCCCUCCUCCACCUAUUCCCAAGGGAUCUAAAGCUCAUAACAACAAUAAUGAGAAUAAUAAAAAAGACAAGAAUAGAAGUAUGAUCAAUGGUGGUUCAGGGAGAGGUGAACCCAUAGAGAUCGACUGA